AUGCCCUCCAUUUCCUCGAUUGCCGCCAUUGUUGCGGCGCUGGCCAUCGUUGCCCGCCUGCUCCUCAUCGGUCGUCGCCCGAAGAACUAUCCUCCGGGCCCUCCCACACUACCCCUCCUAGGAAACAUCCAUCAGAUGCCCACCCGCGAUGCGCACCUUCAGUUUGAGAAAUGGGCCCGCGAAUAUGGCCCAGUUUAUAGUCUCAUGCUGGGAACCCAAUGCCUUAUCGUCCUGUCCAGUGACGAGGCAGUCAAAGAACUACUUGACAGACGCAGUGGAAUAUACUCUGAUCGACAAGAGAUGUAUAUCGGCCAAGUCCUGUGCAGUGGCGGGCUUCGCCUGUUGAUGAUGGGAUAUGGACCUACAUGGCGCAUGUUCCGCAAAAUGGUCCACGGCCUGCUCAACGUCGUGACAUCCAAAAACUACGUCCCCUACCAAAUGCUCGAAAACAAGCAGAUGCUCUACGAGUUCCUCACCCAGCCCGACGACUUCCUUAAACACAUCCGACGCUACUCCAACGCUCUGACCACAACAAUGGUCUUCGGCUGGCGCACGCCCACCUACGAGGACGCGAAAAUGAAACAGCUCUUUGACGGUUUCUCCGAAUUUGCAGAGAUCAACCAGACCGGCGCCGCGGCAUUCAUCGACUUCUUCCCUCUGCUGCGCAAACUCCCUGCGUUUUUGCUUCCCACACAGAAUAAAGCGAGGGAGCUACACAAACACGAAAAGGCGCUUUACAAGGGCCACUGGCUCAAAGCCAAAGAGGAUAUUCGAAACAAUAACAUCAAACCCUGCUUCUGCAUCGGCAUGUACGAAGCCCAGAAGCGCGAUGGCUUCAGCGACGACCAAGCAUCCUAUAUCUCAGGCACAUUGCUCGAAGCCGGCUCUGACACGACCUCGAGUACGCUAUACGCAUUCGUACAGGCGAUGCUCCUAUUCCCAGACGUCCAGCGCAAAGCACAGGAAGAAAUCGAUCGCGUUAUCGGGCCCGACCGGCUCCCUGUCAUGGAUGAUCUACAGGACCUCCAGUACAUCCGCGCCUGUAUGAAAGAGUCGCUCCGCUGGAUGCCGACGACCAUCCUCGGCGCCGUUCCGCACGCCGUAACACAGGAUGAUGAAUACAUGGGCUACUUUAUCCCCAAGGGCGCGGGUGUCAUGAAUAACGUCUGGGGAAUCCACAUGGACCCGAAGCGGCACCCGAAUCCCCGCAAGUUCAACCCGGACCGGUACAAGGACGAUAAACAGUCUCUCGGCGACGCCGCUGCAAAUCCGGAUGCCUCGAAGCGAGAUGCAUUCACUUUUGGAGCCGGUCGUCGCAUCUGUCCUGGGAUCCACGUUGCCGAGCGCAGUCUCUUCCUCGGUAUGUCGAGGAUCCUGUGGGCAUUUGAUAUCCGACCGGCGCUCGAUGAGAGUGGGAAAGAGAUCAUCCCGGAUAAAGAUCGGCUCACGCAAGGGUUUGUGUGUAUGCCUGAGGAGUUCCCGGCGACGAUUACGCCCAGGUCGAGGGAGAGGGCGGAGAUGGUGAGGAGGGAGUGGGAGGCGGCUGAGAAGGAGAAUUUGGAUCCCGAGACGAAGCAGUGGGUUGUGUCGCCGGUCGAGCAGGGUAAGGCUUUGAGGGGUGUAGCUUAGUUUGUAGGGUUUAUUUUCAGCUCCGGUCGUUCAUCCAUGCUCCCUGCGAUCUACUCUUUUAUUGAUCAAUGACAGAGAGGUCUAUUGCAGCGACACGGUAGAGAUAGGCGACUAUUCAUGGCUUCAUGUCUUUAUUCUCUCGUAAUACAUCAAUAUAUUUUUUGAACAUGGUUACCUGUAGCUAUACCGUGAACUUUUCGAGCCACGCAUCGCGAGAUUAGAGGAGGAUGGGAGAUGCAGACUUCUCCCC